AUGCUUGAUUGCGUCCUGGGUUCCUUCUUGCAGAUCUUCUGGUGCUUGGCGAUGAUUGUCUUCGUCCUGUACGUGUUCUCGCUCCUAAUCGUACAGGGUAUUGUGGACCUGCGCAUAUCUGCAGGGGAGACUCUGAAGGAUGAGGAUGUGAUCAAGCUUGAGUACUACUACCCAUCCGUAGGACAAACGCUGCUUACCUUGUUUCAGUCCACUACAGCGGGGCUUGACUGGCGCGAUGCCUUUGAGGCCUUAGAGAAAGGCGGGCCAUUCUUGUCAGUGGUAUUCCUGGUCUACAUAAGCAUUUUCACCAUCUCAAUCUGGAACAUCGUGACGAGCACGUUUGUGGAGAAGGCUAUGAAGUUGGCAAAGCCAGAUCUUGACUCAAUGCUUCUCGAGCAGAGCAUGCGCGACUUGAAAGACACGGAGGAGCUCGAGAACCUGUUUAGGCCUUAUGCCACGCAGAAUGCUGAUGGCGAAGAAGAAAUUUCGCUCUCCGACUUACAGGAUGCGGCUGAUGAAGCGGAGUUCCUCCUGUACCUGUCCGUACGAGGAAUAGAUGUCAAAAAUGUCAAGCUGUUCUUCUAUAUGCUGGGCUCAAUGCACAAGAACUCCGUGGUUGACUUGAAAUCCUUGGUGAAGGCUUGCGUUCGCAUGAAAGGCUUUGCCACAAGCAUCGACCUGCAGUCGGUGUCAUUCGAAGCGAAGCUCAUGCAUUCGCAGACGAAGGAUCUCUUCAAGGUGCUUCGGCUUCAGGUGUGA